CUUGUGUUCGAUGAUAGAACGUGUUCAUCGAAUACAUAACAUAUAAAUAAAGGAAUGAAUAAUAAGCACGAUAGCACUGUGUGACCGUCUCAGUCUAGCGUAUGCAUCUUGUCAAUGCAGUCAGUAAUAUCACAGGAGACAAGAUGCAGAAGCGUAGUUUUAUUAUGAUUUUAUUGAUUUUAUUUCCAUUUACUUAUGGACACUUUGGCUAUAGAAAACGAGAUCAGCACAUGUGGGCACAACACUUUAAGCUGUGUGCUGGAAAAUUACAAUCUCCAAUAGCAUUAUCAUCCUCCAAGUCUAUCCCACUGUCCUUUCCUGCUUUGGAAAUGAUUGGAUUUCAUAAUUUGCUGCCAUUUCCUAUUACAUUAGAAAAUGAUGGCCACUCUGUUAAAUUAAAUAUUAACCGUAAUAUAUCGAGAGACCAAUUGCCAAUACCUUAUAUAUUUGGAGCUACGUUGAAGAAAGACCAAACAUAUGAAAUGGAAAGUUUACAUUUUCAUUGGGGUGCAAAAAAUAACAGAGGAUCUGAGCAUACGUUUAAUAAUGUCAGAUACCCGAUGGAAAUGCAUAUAAUUCACAGAAAUGCAGCUUAUCCUAACUUGUCUCAUGCCCUGAAUUAUCAAGAUGGUAUUUCUGUAUUAGGAAUAUUUUUUCAAUUACAGGAACAAGAUAACGAAAGUCUUAAUCCGAUAUUGAACAUCUUAAGUGAUAUAAAGUGGGUAAAUAAAACAAAACAGAUGAACAAUUCAAUUGCUUUGUCUUCUUUAAUACCGAAAUAUACAGAUACUUUUUACACUUACAAAGGAUCGUUAACGUCACCACCGUGCAAUGAAGUAGUAACUUGGAUUAUUUUUUCAAUGCCAGUAAAAAUCUCAUUUCGACAGAUGAACAAAUUUAGAACACUAUCGAACGGAGAAGGCAUACUUGCAGAUAAUUAUCGACAAUUGCAAGAUAUUGGUAUGAGAAAGGUUUUCGUUAGACGACUUGACCUACUUUCUGUAUUAAAAAAAAAUAUGUCAAGUGUUGAUUUCAUUGAUCCAAAUUUCUGGUUUUGGCAUUAAUUACUAAAUAUUAUUAUUUUAUCAUCAUCAUCAUCAUCAUCAUCAUGGACACUUACCGAAUAAUAUUAGUAAAAUUUAUCGGCUGUUGGAGAACACAUUUUUUCCAAUUCAUUUGAAAUUACUUUGAAAUGUUCUUCAACUUGUUGUAAACUUUUCAUUAGCUUAGGAUUUUCUGAAUAUAUAUCUCUGACCUUUUUUAUAACUCCUUGUAAUGCUAAUUUAGCACUACCUAGUAAUGCUCUUUUAGAUCUCGUGUGAUCUGUACAAUAAGACGAACAACGUAAAUACGUCUUCGAUAAUUUACAGCACAAUUGCAGAACGGAUAAAGUUGUAUUCUCGUUUUGAAAGCAUUUGGGAUCUGAUACAGCAGCACGAUACGCCUUCUGCAAAUAUUGUAUAGCUUUCUGAUCAUCAAGGUCAGUUUUUUUAAGCAUCGUUAAUUCAGAAUAUAAUCUCCAAAGAUCUGAAUUAUUGGUUAUACGAGACGUAAUUCUGGCAAAUAAUUGAAGCGUCGGUAGAAGUAACAAGUUUUUACAUGAUUUGCCAUCGGCAUCUUUGAUGUCGUUUACAACGGCGUUCGUUAAUAUUUCCAAAAUCUGUAUAUCUGAAUGCUCGUUUUUUAAGUCUAAAAUGCGAUUGUAGCAUCUUAUUACCUGUAAUAAAUGAAUGCUUUUGAAUGAAA